AUGGAUGAGUCGGCCCUUCUGGACCUUCUGGAGUGUCCCGUGUGUCUGGAGCGGCUCGACGUCUCUGCCAGGGUCCUGCCUUGUCAGCACACGUUCUGCAAACGGUGUCUGCUGGGCAUCGUCGGUUCCCGCAACGAACUCAGAUGCCCCGAGUGCCGGACUCUGGUUGGCGCAGGCGUGGAGCAGCUUCCAAGCAACAUCCUGCUGGUCAGACUUCUAGAUGGCAUCAAGCAGAGGCCUUGGAAACCCGGCCCUGUGGGGGGCAGUGCCACCAACUGCACAAACGCCUCGAGGGCUCAGAGCAGCGCUGUGGCCAAUUGUAGCUCGAAAGAUCCACCUGGCCCCCAGGGUGGACAGCAGCCUCGGGCGCAAGCCUGGAGCCCCCCGGUGAGGGGAAUACCUCAGUUACCAUGUGCCAAAGCAUUAUACAACUACGAAGGCAAAGAGCCCGGGGACCUUAAAUUCAGCAAAGGUGACAUCAUCAUUUUGCGGCGACAAGUGGAUGAAAAUUGGUACCACGGGGAGGUCAACGGGGUCCAUGGCUUUUUCCCCACCAACUUCGUGCAGAUUAUCAAACCGUUACCUCAGCCCCCGCCUCAGUGCAAAGCACUUUAUGACUUCGAAGUUAAAGACAAGGAAGCCGACAAAGAUUGCCUUCCGUUUGCAAAGGAUGACGUUCUGACUGUGAUCCGCAGAGUGGAUGAAAACUGGGCUGAAGGCAUGCUGGCAGACAGAAUAGGAAUAUUUCCAAUUUCGUAUGUUGAGUUUAACUCGGCGGCCAAGCAGCUGAUCGAGUGGGACCAGCCUCCCGCGGGGGGCGUUGGCGCUGCGGAGGGCGCCCCGGCCGCUGCCCCGAGCAGCGCGGCCCCCAGGCAGCCCGAAGCCAAGAAGAACACGAAGAAGCGGCACUCGUUCACCUCCCUGACCACGGCCGGCAGGGCGUCGCAGGCCACCCAGCAGCGCCACUCCGUGGAGAUCAGCCCCCCGGUCCUCAUCAGCUCCAGCAACCCCACGGCCGCCGCGCGCAUCGGCGAGCUGGCCGGGCUCUCGUGCAGCGCCCCCUCCCAGGUCCACAUAAGUACCACCGGGUUGAUUGUGACCCCACCCCCGAGCAGCCCAGUGACCACCGGCCCCUCGUGCACGGUCCCGCCAGAGGCCCCCUACCCGGCCACCCUUUCGACUAUGAAUCCUCCUCUCCCCCCACCCCCGCUCCAGGAGGCCACCCCCAUGGGCGCUGUUGCUGCUCCCGGGAUGGGCUCCAGACCCGUGGCUGGACCCACUGACCAGACCACACACUCACGGCCGCAGACGCGCCCCAGCGUGUAUGUUGCCAUUUAUCCCUACACCCCCCGGAAAGAGGAUGAGCUAGAGCUGAGGAAGGGGGAGAUGUUUCUCGUGUUUGAGCGCUGCCAGGACGGCUGGUUCAAGGGCACGUCCAUGCACACCAGCAAGAUUGGGGUCUUCCCUGGCAAUUAUGUGGCCCCCGUCACGAGGGCAGUGACCAGCGCUUCCCAGGGUAAAGUCCCCGUGUCGACCGCUGGCCAGACAAGUCGAGGGGGGGGACCGGCCAGCCCUUCCCCCUCAGGAGCGCCUGCCCAGAAGCCCCCGGGGAACGGCAUGGCCGGCGGUCCCGGGGUCCCCACUGCCGUGGUGUCAGCAGCUCACAUCCAGACAAGUCCCCAGGCCAAGGUCCUGCUGCACAUGUCCGGACAGAUGACCGUCAACCAGGCGCGCAGCGCUGUGAGGACAGUCUCGGCACACGGCCAGGAGCGCCCCACGGCGGCCGUGACGCCCAUCCAGGUUCAGAGCGCUGCGGGGCUGCCCCAUCACCCCGUGGCCUCGCCUCAGCCCCCCGGCCCGAUGGGUCCCCCUGCCCACGUGGCUGCUGGCAGCCUGGGCCGGGUCGGCGCCCCGCUGGCCUGCGCUGCGGCCCCGCCGAGCCUCCCCGCCGCCUCCCUGGAGACCGAGCCUGGCGGUCGCCCGGUCACCAUGCUCCCCGGGCCGCCCACCUCUCCCGACAGCGGCUCAGCGGCCAAGCCAGACAAGGACAGCAAGAAAGAGAGAAAGGGGCUGUUGAAGCUGCUCUCCGGGGCCUCCACCAAGCGCAAGCCGCGGGGGUCGCCGCCGGCCUCGCCCACCCUGGACGUCGAGCCGGGGGCUGAUCUGCCCGGGGCCCCUGGCGCCCCCUGCGCCUGCCCCGGGCCCUGUGAUGCCGACACCCCGGCCCCGGCCCCUGCCCCUGCCCCCGGCCCGCAGCGCCGGACCUGCUCCCUGGACUCGGCCCCGGUGGCCCCACCGCCACGGCAGCCCUGCUCGUCCCUGGGCCCAGCAGCCGGUGACGCGAGGCCUGCGGUCUGUGAAAGGCACCGGGUGGUGGUUUCAUACCCCCCACAGAGUGAGGCAGAACUGGAACUCAAGGAGGGUGACAUCGUGUUUGUGCACAGGAAGCGGGAGGAUGGCUGGUUCAAGGGCACGCUGCAGCGGAACGGGAAGACGGGCCUCUUCCCCGGGAGCUUCGUGGAAAACAUCUGA